UUAGUUGAGCCAAAGGCUUUCACCAGUUAAUAGCACAAAAUUGUGUCUUUCCCCAGCGAACAAAAAAACCAAGCAAAUUCAAUCAAGAUGAGCGAAGCCCGCAACUUGUUCACCACCUUUGGCAUCCUGGCCAUCCUGCUUUUCUUCCUCUACCUCAUCUAUGCCGUAUUGUAAAAUGUUUCCGGCAAGUAGAUGGUCCUUAGGGCAGGACCAAAGCCAGCAGCCAAAUCGAAUCAAUCAAAAUGAAUGAGGCAAAAAGUUUGUUCACCACCUUCCUCAUCCUGGCCUUCCUGCUGUUCCUGCUCUAUGCCUUCUACGAAGCCGCCUUCUAGGCCCACAGCCUCAAGUCACCCAUGACCAUCACCAACCACCACCCACCAACCACCCAUCAGGAUAGCUUACAUGUUGAAUUUCAAUUCCAAGCCGCCGGCCAUGCCAUCAUCUUGUGGUCCGGUGGAGCUUCUAGGACCCUACGCGUUUAAGAUGUUUAGCAUUUAAUGGAUUUCUACUAGUAACCUAAGCCAGAUGACGUCAAUGCCACCAGUUGCCAAAAUCGAAGGCUCGGCGAUCAGGAUGAGCACUUUGAUGGGUAACCCCUGCCAUGUGUGCUCUGCCACAUUUCAUUCAUCUUUGAGGCGCUGCAGGAUCGAUUUAUUUUGAAAACUGUGCUGCCGGCCUUGGCGUCAUCUGCUCUAAUCAUAAAUAUAGUUUUGUGAUCUUUUUUUAUUAUUUUUGUUCGGCAAUGGAAUCUACUUAGUUUGCAAUUCAUAGACCAUGAUGUACAGUAUAAGCAAAUUAAGAACAACAUCAGCAAUCAAUGUGCACCACCGAUAUUAUUUCAUUGUUAAACAGCCACGUUUAUUUCGCACUCGUACAUAUUAAGACAUGCAUAAUGUGUAACUGCAUUUUACUCGACUUUUCUUAAAUAACUUGUGAAUAACAACCGCAAAGAACAGCAACAACAAACUGCAGGAAUAAAAACACAAAAAACC